UGUAGUUACUGUUAUUGUUAUGCUAACUAAAACAGUUAAGUAAUGUUAACUAAUUUGACCGUAUACUGUAAGGUCUUACCCGAUAAACAAAUCAUAACAUGCCGAAUUUACUUUGAACAACCCGAUGACACCCAAUAGUUUAUACAAAACGCAAAAUCUAUUUUUAACCAUAUGUAAGUGCUCGUUCAAUCGCUUUGUUCAAAAUAAUGUCAAAAGUCGCAUAGCACAGGGAAGUGUGUGUUUAUUAUUUGACUAGGAUCUCUCCACCCAGCGGCUCUCUCGCUCCCCCUCGUGGAUAAUGAAUUGUGUGGAAUUCCCAAGCCAGACUGUAGCCAACGCGCAUGCGUCGAAGAAAACUCCAUGAUUUUUUUUUUGGCACGGGAUCCUAAGGAAAAAUAGGAACUUGGAAACGAAGAUCAACUAAAAGCACCAUCCAAACGCUACAAUCAACCUCCAGGUCGCAAAUACACAAAGUAAAGAGGCGUAGGACGUCGCCGGACCCCUAAAAUAAGCAACCUCACGCGACACGGCCGAGCAGAAUUCACUCGAAAUUGGACGACAAUGCAAGGGGCGCAAUAAAACCCAGCGUUAUUGCUCUUUGUUUUUUAGCAGGACGCUUCAGAUGAUGCGCGGGGAUGAAGACGCGAGGAAGUGCUUAAAAAUCACACUCAGUCGAUAACAACUCGUGUAACGUCGACAUUUGUGGGUGAAGUUCGUCGAGACGCUCGUUCUGUCUUUGGCCAGCGCUGUGCAGCGCGCCGAAGAAGGAGGAAACUUCGUAAACAAACGAGAGGUCGUGUGUGUGUUCAGUGAGGAAGCAGCGUAGUCAAUUUGAGAAGGCCGGAGAGGAUUGUGUGUCCAGACGGAUUCAUUGUUCUAUUGCGUGUUGCUUCCUUCAUGCUGUGUAAAUGUCCCCCGAAGGCUGUAUUUCCCGGGUGGUGCUGACCGAGGCUGUAUAAAGAUGACAAGGCGUUGGAUGUUUGUGAUCAGAAAAUGACAGGGGGCAGUGAGUGUGCAGCAGGGGAUAAAGAUGAAGGUACAACGAUCAUCGCCCAGGGCCCAGUUGGCUGGCAGAGAAAAGCUCAAGAAGGGGCUGUGUCUUACAUCAGCCCAAGUGGAACUGUCCUGCGAUCUGUGGACGAGGUGAAGGUGUAUCUGCGGACAGACGGCACGUGUAAAUGUGGUCUUGAGUGCCCGCUUGUCAUAAAUAAGGUUUUUAACUUCGACCCUGCUGCAAUGGUUCAAGCUCCUGGUCAUCAGUCAGGUAAGAUAGAAGAAGACAUGACCAAACUCUGCAACCAUCGCAGGAAAGUUGAUGCCAUGGCAGCGCUGUGCCAAAGCAUGCAGCCGUCCCAACUUCCCUCAACAGGUGGUGUUGGAGUGGAUGGCAGAGAGUCGAGAGGAUCUAUAUCGGCUCACGGAGAAAGCGCCAACUGCACUUACCUUCAGCCGAGACACAACCAGGCCAAAUCCAGCAACUUACCUUUGACCCCCCAUCGCUCCGUCAUGCAGAAUGGCUCUAACUCCCCCUUAAAGAAACCCUUGUGUCAGGCACCUGCGGGGAGCAAUGCGUCCUCUUCUACAAAACAGCAAUGGAACCUUCAUCCACCCCUCACCCCGCAAAACAUCCUUCAAAGAACAGUACACACGCCCACCUCUCCAAACAACAACCUCCUCCCCAAUACCUUUUCAAAUAGCCCCUCGACUCUGAUUGGUCGAGCGGCGCAGCAGGGAGGAAGCGUAAAGUCGCCCUCUCCCCUUUCGGUUUGCUCCUCACCAUCACGCACGCUAGAGUCCUUCUCACCCCAUCAGCGCUCUCGCCAUUCCUCGACCUCGUCGCUCUCCGAGCAGGGAGUUAAACCCUCACCGCCCAGCAUGCCGUGCUCCUCUCCCAAGCUCCCUUUCUCCCCCACCAGCCCAAGCAGUCGUCUGGAAGGCAUCCUACAGCACUACAAAGAUUGUAGUACCAGUUCCAGCACUAAGUCCACCGCCACUAACAACCAAAGCAACCACCAGAUGUCGCAGGUCGCAUCGUCGGCUCGUCCCAACACGGCUGACAAGAGGAACGGGGCGGUCGCUCAAGCCUCAAACCUGCUCGGCCGUCCUCUAGGACAGAUCCUCAGUCAACAGAAGAGCCAGCAGCACAUCAGCAACUCCUUUCCGGCCAGCAGUCUCCUAUCUGCGGCGGCCAAAGCCCAGUUGGCCAACCAGAAAACUCUGAACACAGCCGAUGCUCCGUCUGCUCUCCCUCUCACAGGUCUAGACAAGGAACAGCAGUCGAAGGUAUUGAUUAGCACUUUAAACAGUAACCUCCAUCCCACCUCAGGCAGAGUGCAGUCCCUCACCACCCUCUUGCUUCCGCACUCCCUUUCCCAGAAUCCCCCUGAGAAAACCUUACGACGCAAACGCCAGCGACGCUCACCCACCGUGUUGAGCAUGCUCAAAGAGACGCAGCUGAGAGAUCUGUCCACACCGCCUCUCCUCAUCUCUCCAUCCCAUUCUCCCUCCUCUCCUCCCAUUCCCGUCUCGGACACCCACCGGCUCCCUGUCGCUCCUUUAAACGCCUCUUUCCAGAACACUGCGCUGAGGCUACAGGAGGCCGAUGAAAGCAAAAAGGCGGGACUCUGUAAUUCCCUUCCGUUUUCCUCCCCGUCUCCAUCCCAGCCUCUCUCCGCCCUGCUUCAGCUUCUUAGCAUGCAGAAUGCACAAAAUACAACCCAGCAGUACAACUACGCGGCUUCCAUGCCCAGCAAUAGACACACGCACCCGUCGCCCUCUUCAUCCAGACCCGUAACGCCCCAGUAUGAUGCCCAGACCGCUUUACAGGUUCACAUUCACACAUCUCAACCCCAAAACUCAGAGGCAUCUGUUCAGCUGCCCCUUACGCAAUUUUCUCUGAUGAGUGACGAGACAACGAUGAACCUCAAAACAACCUCCAGUAACUCCGUCCUGAACUUGAGCCAGUCCCACACGGACAUGCAGUCAGACCUCAGCGGUUCAGUUAUCAGCGUCAUCAACCAGAUGUCCUCAGCAUCUUGCUUGACCUCUCAAUCGGAUAAAGGUUGUGGAACCAAAACACCGGAGAUGUGUCCAGACAACAACGCCUACCAAAAUCAGUCAAACCACAUCCACGCUGUUGAGAGUAAAGGUCCUUUAGAGACGCCAGAUCAGCCAGACUCGGAAACAAAACUACUGAGCGGCUGUGAUCCGGACCACAACGUCUCCCUGCCCGGCGCUCCCACCACCUCCGAAUUCUCCAACCAUGCGUCCGACUCAACCGUUUCCCUGCCGUUGGCGGAAGCUUUUCCCUUCAUGUCACAAGAGCAACUUCUCCAGCUUCUGACAUCUAACGCCGGUUUGCCCUCUCUCCUGCCGCCCUUCCUCGGCUCCCUGCCUUUAGGGAUCUGGACCGGUCAGUCCUCUGCACCCAGCGGCGCCCAAUCCCAGCAAGCGGCCGGUGCCAUUCUGAACCAGGGCUCUCCUCUUAACAUGCUGAGCGAUCUUCCCCUCAACCUGGUCACCAUGCCGUCUUCUGCAGGAGUGGACGGGGUCGAAAAGCCGCCUGGGCUUCAGGCUCUCCUCAUGGCCUCUCUGCUGCUCGGACAGAAUCCGGCGGCCAUGUUGCCGUUACCGCCACUCAACCUGGAGCUUCCGCCACCGCAGCAAGUGUUUCCGGAGGGAGUGUCUCUAGAGAAGACCCCGGCUCUGCUGGAUUCUGUCCUGAUGUGGCCGGGGCUCCUGGAGGCUCUUCAAACUCUAACACCAUCUGCAGACUGCCAGUCGCUGCUGCUCUCUGCCCCGCCACCCUCCUUCCUCUCCCUCAAUCCCGCUCUGCUGGCAGCAGCUCUCGGCCAGACCGAACCCCUCCCUAACCACAUGCAGUCCCCCCCGCUUCAUUCUCAGGGCACUCUCUCCAGCUCUGCUCUAGUUUCUACCUCGGUGUCCUGUGGCCCUCUGGUGCCCCCCUCAGGGCAGGAAGUGUGUGACGCUCUUACCGAGCAGGACAAGAACACUCAAACACCUCAUUUCCUGCAACCUCUGCUCGGGCCUGGAGUUCUUGGUGAUCUCACUGCUCUGGGGAACAUUAACAGUCUUCAUAGUUUACUAGGAGCCGGUCCACUGCUGCUGCCUCAGGGCGUCCCGCUGACACAGAACCAAACUCUCAACCCGCUCACCUGUCUGCAGCUCACGAUGGGGCCCACGCUAAUGACAGAAAAGCCUGUGUCACUACACGAGACUCCUCCAUCACAAGAAGAACUCCCAUCGGCUCAGAUUUCCCAAGAUCCCCUGCUCCACCCGGUCCAAGCACCUGCACAGCAGAAGGAGGCUUCGGCAGGCAGCGGGACGGGUCUGUUUGACCCCUACGGCUCCUUCAUGGACACCAUCUACACCUCCUUCCUGCAGGUUAGCGAGCGUGCCGAGAGCGGCUCUGACACGACGCCGCUGUCAUAUCCAGAACUGCCGCCCCUCCUUCAACAGACCAGCGCCCCGCCCUCUCUCAGCCCACGUCGGGCGUGUUCGGUCCACAAUCUGGACCUGAUGCGUCUCGGCAUGGAGACGGCCCAGUCUCCGGCCCGUGGCACGCCUAAACUCAGAGAGGACCCCUCCACACCCCCACCAUGCAAACAGGCGGGUGUCGACGGCCCUGUCAGAUGCCCCACUGCAGCCUGCUUUCAUGGAGGAGGCCAAGACUGACGGGUCGUCCAAAGUUUGUCUCUAUAGCAACGGGAUCAGUUCAGGAAUGGAGCGAAGAGGAGAGAACGAUGAGGAUGAUGUGGGACAAAGCCAGCCGGGAUAUUUGAGCAGCGGUGAGAGGGCGGUGGACGACAUCACCAGCAGGAACACAGAGCAAGAGAGGACUGAAGACAUGCGCACAGAAACCAGAAGAGGCCGCAAGAGAAAACAGACUCUGCAGAGGGGGCUUGACCUGCCGGGGGGGAUAGACACCAUCAUAGAAGAGCCCACGACCACGAGAACAGUGUCGCGGCCGGCGAGAUCCACGAGGGGAAAGAGGCGACGUGCGUUUCGAUAGAUCCCAUCAUCCUACUGUACUCCACCGCCAACACCAGCACUGUUUCCACGGCAACGCUCCCACCGUUUGACUGAGCCGCACUGUGAAGACUGUCAGUUUGAAUCGAGUGUCUGGGUUUUCUCGUUUCCCUCGCUUUUACUUCGUUCUCUUUCUGUUACUUUUUAGUCUUUUGUCUGUGUGCUUGUGAUGUCAGACUUACACACUACAAGCCACGAUCGUGAAAAGCUUAGAAACGGACGUCUGUGAACAUUUUAUGUGGAGAGUAAAGACCCGUUCACACCAAGAACGACAACUUAGCGUCCACACCAACAGAUGAUGAUGAUUUGUUUAUUCUAAGCUUGCACUCAGCAGUUUCGCAUGUGCGAGAUGUUUAACGUUCGAAGGGUUGUCAAAGACGAAUUGUUCUUCAGCUGGAAAAAACAUCGCUCUGAAUGUGAUCCCAACAAUAUCGUUUCUCUGCAUUGUUAUAGUUCUGGUGCUAUUUUCUUGAAUUUAGAAUGAUGUAAAACUAGGUAUCGUCCUUAGUGUGAACAGGCCACAGAUUCACACAAAAAAUGUUUGCACAUUCAUUCUGCUUGUAUUUCAUGAUUAAGGCACUCGGUCACAUUAAUGCAGCAAUUUAAAGAAGAAUGCAUAAAAUAAUUCAUGUGUGUAUUGUUGUUCGAAUGUGGUCAUGUGAUCAUGUUUCUGUUACGCUGGAGAUCUGUUUCUUCUCAAAUCUGACCAAAUUUUCCAGCCCAAAACUCGUUCAGUAGUUUUGCAAGUAUGUAUAUGUGUGUUUGUGUGUGUGUGUGUUACAGACGGAGAGAGACAUUAUUGUGUAUUUGUAGGUUUGUAGAGGCUUUAGUUGUGGAUUGUGUCAGCAGAGCUGUGUGUAACCCUGAGCUCCCAUGAGCCACUUCAACACAGGCACAAAAAUAUUACUGAAUAUUUAAAAUAAUAACGACUUGAUAAUGAGGCUAAUUAUGCAAUUUUACUAUGGAAUUUUAUGUAAAUAUGUACAGUUUUAGUAUUUUAUUUUGUACACCUUUUUUUAGGAUAAAAUGAUCAAUGUGUAAAAUAUUUCUCCGGCAGAGAAUCCGUUCCUCUCAUAUUCACGUUUGCUUUGCAAAGAAUUGUGAACAAGUAGCAUUACCAUCCUUUUUUAUUGGGAGUUGAUUUUUAUUUAACAAAUUAAAAUGUUUUAAACAAUGUAA